UCUUCGUAAUACGUUCGUUUUGAAUUGACGGGGUUCCAAGAGGUCAACACUUCAAAUACGAACAGGUGGUGACUUCAACAACCAUUGCUAUUAUUCGUUAAGUGAUAAUAUAUCUAAAACUUAACCAUGUAUUUUAUUUUUCGUAAUCUGUUUGACUAAUGUAAAUUCAAAAGCACUCUUAUAGGAGUAAAUAUUUAAGAAUUUUCGAUUUAAAAAUUAUGAAUUUAGUUUGCGCACGUUUGUUUGACAUUGAAGAAAUACAAAAUUAUGCUUUGAAUUAGUUGUCUUUGAAGUGUCGAAACCAAAUACAGGUUGCUUAACAAACUUUGAAAAACUGAGACUUGCUUUUCCAAAAAAUUUCUGUAUUUGUCUAGUUUGUGUCUAGUUGAAUUUGUAUUCGUAAGCGAAAACUGACCAAUGAAUUGUUAUAGCAAUUUUAUUGUUUCCAUCCCUUUUGCAUUCACUGAAUUUUUCAUAUCACAGCUCUUGAACUACUUUAUAUGUGUGUAACAACUUAGUCAACUCAUCUACUUUUGACUCUGUAAAUGAAGAUUCCAUCGAUUUCCAAAACUUUUUAGCACAAAUUAACUGAAGCAACAUCAACUGCUUUAGACAACUUGGAACAAUCCUUAAACGUUCUUCGACGUACAUAAAAGUUGAGAAUAUAAAAUUUUCAUUAUUUCAACGAUUAACUUGGUCAUUUUUCAAACAUCGACUUCAAGAAAGAAACACUGACUGCAUUCGAUAUUCAGAGCUUGAUGAUAAGCAUUGACUGAACCAACAACAGUUUUGCAAUUGACUACAUACACUACUUGACAAAUCUCCGAGAUUUUCCGAACUAUUCGACGUAUCUGAAAGACAUGAUAUUGAUAUUUUAAUGACAAACUUAAUCAAUUCGCCAACUGAUUGACAAGUGACUCAAGAAGAGAAAAGUUUUAUUCGGUAUUCAGAUCUUGGAAGACUUUGACUGAACCAUUGACUGACUCUAUUGCGCCGUUGACUACACUGCUUGAUACAAUUUAAGAGUUCACCAAAGACGUUCAACGUAUCCAAAAAUCAUGCACUCAUCUUCAAUUAAGAGAUUUAUCAUCACUUGAGGACUCUCACAGUAUGCGAAGCCAAUCAAAGAUCUGAACCGCUCUUAGGUACAGACAGACUGACAGAUGCGCCUCGUCGGUUGAGUUCUUCUUCAGCGUCGUUUCCCAGUCCAGAGAUCAAACUGUUCACCACAGGAUCCGCAACUUGUCUGCUACUCAGGAGUCCCGAUGUGAUUCGAUGCUCCGGCAGGUGGGCGGCUUCCCAGAGGAUGGAAAAAAAGGAUCGGCUUCUGGACAUCCCCUGUAGAGUUUGCGGAGACAGAAGCUCAGGAAAACACUACGGAAUCUACAGCUGUGACGGCUGUUCUGGUUUUUUCAAGCGCAGUAUCCACAGGAAUCGCGUAUACACGUGUAAAGCGCAAGGAGACCUCAAGGGCAAGUGUCCUAUCGACAAAACACACAGGAAUCAGUGCAGGGCUUGCAGACUUAGAAAGUGCUUUGAGGCGUGUAUGAACAAGGACGCCGUCCAGCACGAACGAGGCCCACGCAAACCCAAAUUCAAGGACAACGCAGAAUCUCCCAUCAAGACUAACCAUCAUCACCACCACCUGCAGCUGAGCCACCCUCUCGCACAUCACAGACUCACUGCACCGCAUCACAACCAGAACUACGGCAAGCUGGCCUUCGACAUGUCCAAGCUGCCCUCUUCAUUAGCAGCCGCAGCAGCAGCUGCUGCUGCAGCUGCCUCCACGGGCGACUCACCGGGCGGAGGACUGUUCGGCUCGCCGCCCCCACCCAAGGAUGCAUCGGCUGCGGCCGCCGCCUUUCUUGGGGCGUCAUCGGCCGGAGGGCUACUCCAGAUGCUGCUGAACGCAGAAAAGUCCCAGGAGAUGAUCUGGAACAGCGUGAAGCUAGGCGGAGGGGCGCUGGCCGGUUUCCCGCCCCCACCCCAUCCUCUCUGCCCCCCAAUGUUGAGCCCCUCGGAGGGCGGCGGUGGAGCCGGAGGGGGAGGCAGGAGCCUACUAGGCUUCGGGGCGGCGUCUCCUCCUAUGGGCUCUAACAGGGAGUCUGUCCAGGAGAUCACGGCACGGCUUCUGUUCAUGGUCAUCAGAUGGGUGAAAUGUCUACCCACAUUUCAGACCUUGACCAAGACAGAUCAGGUUAUCCUUCUGGAGGAAUCGUGGAAGGACUUGUACUUGCUGAAUCUAUCACAGUGGUCGGUGACACUGGACAUCCUGGGGACUUUGCCCCGGCCACCCCUCGCCCUAACCAGGGCGUCCGCCCAGGAACCCCACCUGGUGGACAUGCACUACGUCCAGGAGGUCAUGCGGAGGUUUCGCCAGCUCUCGCCAGAUGCCACGGAGUGCAGCUGCCUGAAGGCUAUUGUCCUCUUCAGACCUGAGACCGUGGGCUUGUGUGACGUGCACCCAGUGGAGAUGCUGCAAGACCAGGCGCAGUGCAUCUUGGGCGACUACGUGCGCCACAAAUAUCCAAGGCAACCGACGCGGUUCGGCCGCCUCUUGUUGCUCAUCCCCUGCCUAAGGGCCGUCAGCUCUCAGGCCGUCGAGAAGCUCUUCUUUAAGGAUACCAUUGGAGACAUCCCCAUUGAGAGGCUCAUAGGAGACAUGUACCAUAUGGAGAGACUCGAAUAAGAGGUUGACUCAUUGUAGUUAUCCAAAGACUCAUCGGGUUGUGAAUACUGUUGUUCUAAUUACUCCCAUCAUACGCUGCCGAUACUUUAUCCAGAAGAAAAAAACUGAUACGGACUUUUCUCCUACAUGAUAGAAGGAAAAAAAUUCCUCAGAAAAUGUUGUUCUUUUUUCUGUUAUUCCGGACAAAGCCUAAAUGUAUUGAAAAUCGUAAAUACUUUUUAAAUAAAUGUACAGUGUUCUGUGUUA